CGCCUUUGCAACUUUCCUCUUCAUCCGCCAUCGAAAAAGAUGCCUAAAACUAAAAGGGUAAAGAAGGUGGCACCAGCCCCUUACACCACAUCCAAACCAGUGCCAAAAAAGGUUGUUAAUCCUCUCAUUGAAAAACGGCCAAGGAAUUUUGGCAUAGGUGGGGAUAUCCAGCCCAAACGUGAUUUGAGCAGAUUUGUCCGAUGGCCAAAAUACAUCAGACUUCAAAGGCAAAGGAGUGUUCUUUACCAGCGUUUGAAGGUUCCUCCUUCUGUCAAUCAGUUCACUCAGACACUGGAUAAACAGACCGCCACCCAGCUUUUCAAACUGAUGCACAAGUAUCGCCCAGAGACCAAGGCCGAGAAGAAAGCACGUCUUACUGCUAAGGCUGAAAAGAAAGCAGAGGGUAAAGAAGAACCUGCGGGAAAGAAGCCAGUUGUGAUCAAAUAUGGCCUAAAUCAUGUGACCAGUCUUGUAGAGAACAAGAAAGCUCAACUUGUGGUCAUUGCUCAUGAUGUAGACCCCAUUGAGCUUGUUGUGUGGCUUCCAGCUCUCUGUAGGAAAAUGGGUGUUCCUUAUUGUAUCAUAAAGGGCAAAGCUAGGCUGGGAAAAGUAGUACACAAGAAGACAGCCACAGUACUGUGUUUUACUGCUGUACGUCCUGAAGACAAGAAUAACUUUACAAACCUAUGCGAGGCAGUCAAGACUAACUUCAAUGAGAGGUUUGAUGAGAUCAGAAAACACUGGGGCGGAGGCAUCAUGGGCAGCAAGUCACAGGCAGCUGCACACAAGUUGGAAAAGGCCAAGAUCAAGGAGAUGAAAGUGUGAUGUGUAAAAACUCCUUCACAAUGUAUUAAAACAAUUUGCUGCUAUAGAA